AUGGCGGAGGUUUAUUCAUUAGGGAUGGUUAUGUUGGAGUUACUGACAGCAAAACCACCUUGUGUCUUGGGUCUGGUUGUAUUCGUGACGAUGAUACAAAACGUCCGACCUUCCAAAAUAUUGUCCGGCAGCUUAGAUGUCUUAAAGGGGCAGCAACAAGGUGUACCUGCUCAUGAGGGACAGAAGGCCUUAUCUGCUGCUGCUGGCGUCCGUCGGGAGGGUUUUGUUGUGGGGUCUCCUCCUGCUAUUUGUGCGGAUGACAGCAACUGCAACAGCAGCAGCAGCAGCAGCAGCCCCGCAGACGAGCAGCAACAACAGCAGCAGCAACAACAACAGCAACAGCAACAGCAACAGGAUGCGUGUGUGGGGCAGGAAACACGCAUGGAAGGGCAAUCGGCUGCAGCAGCAGCAGCUGCUGCUGCUGCUGCCGCUGCUGCCUCUAUGGGGGUGCCUGGGUCUCCCGCUGUUCCCACCCCGCAACCGCCCCGCACAUGCAGGGAUGCAGCAGCAGCAGCGGCUGCAGCAGCAGCGGCUGCCGCAGCAGUAGCUGCAGCACAAGCCACCGCUGCUCCUCCUGCUGCUCCGGCAGGGGCAUGCGUUCCCGCUGCAGUGAAUCUGGCAGCAGCAGCACAUGCAGCAGGUCCAAAUGUGGCUGCUGCUGCUCCUUGUGUGGGAGCAGCAGCAAGAGGGCCGGAAUUAGUAGCAGGCGCUGUAGAUGCAGCAGGAGCAGCAGCAACAGCAGCAGCAGCAGCAGCAGCCGCAGGGGAGUCUGCUAAGUCUCCCGUCGUUGCUGCCUGCCCGGCAUCAGCAGCAAAAGAAGCAGCAGCAGCAGCAGGUGUUGCUGUUGCAUCGUGGACCUCUGCGUUCUGUACGUGUGAGGAAGCAGCAGCAGCAGCAGCUGCUGCUGCUGCUACGCGACAACAAUCGCGUACCACGGGUUCAAUAGCAAGAGACACAGGAGAGCAGCAGCGGGAGUUGGCGCUGCAGGAGCAGCAGCUGCGUCAUGAGCUGGAGGUGCAGCAGCAGCUGCAGCAGCAGAAGCAGCAAAAGUGCCGUUGUGCUCUUCCCCAUACAACCAUGGCUAUGAAGGGAGACGAUGCUAGCGAUCUGCAAACAGCAGAAGCAGCAUCUGCUGCUGCUGCUGCUGCUGCUGCAGGACAAGGAUCAGCUGUAUCGAUGCCUUCGUGUGCUGCUUUCUUGGCUGGUCCUACACCAUCAGGAAGCAACAGCGGCGACAGUAUGCUGCUUGCUGCAGCAGCAUGGCCUCGUAGCGAGCAGCAGCAGCAGCAGCAGCAGCCGCAAAAGCCUAAGCGGCACCGCAAGGGGAAAGGCAAACAACAGCAGCUGCUUGUAGGUGAUGGUGAUUGUCGUUUGCUGCAGCAGCAAUUACAGCAGCAGCUGCAGCAGCAGUUACAGUUACAGCAGCAAUUACAGCAGCAGCUACAACAGCAACUACAACUGCAGCAGCAGCUGCAGCAACAGCGGAGACUACGUGCAUACACCACAAGUACUACUAGUACUAUGACUAACGGAGGCAGCUGCAGCAACAUCAGCAAGUGCGGCAGCAACAUCUGCAGCAGGAGCAGCAACGGAUGGAGCAGCGGCUGCAACAGCAACAACAGCAACAACAGUAUUAGAUCUGCUGUCUCCUCUUCUCCUCAUCGUUUGCUGCGCUAUGCUGAUUUCUUAGGGGAAGCGGCAGCAGUAGCAGCAGCAGCAGCAGCAGCAGGGAAAAGCCCUAGCAGCAGAUCGUCAACAAAAAGCGGCAUAUUUGCUGCUUCUGGGGGAAUUAGCUCGUCAGGAGGCAGCACUUCCCCAUCAAGUGCUGCUGCUGCUGCAGCAGCAGCAGCAGCAGCAGGUGGUGCACGAAAAGACAGUACUCGUUUGCUGCGGUCUGUUGCUGCUGCACCUCUUGGCAGAGUUGUAAGAAGAACAGAGGCCCCGGGGUCCUCCGGUGGACAGCUGCAGCAGCAGCAGCAGCAAGCACAGAUACAACAGCAGCAGCAACAAGUACAGAUACAAGAGCCGCAACAGGAAGUGCAGCAGCAGGCGCAGCAAGCGCAAAUGCAACAGAUACAACAGGUGCAACAGCAGCAGCAGCAGUUGCAGCAGCAGCAACAACAACAACAGCAGUUGCAGCAGCAACAACAGCAACAACCGCAGCAGUUCCAGCAGCAGCAGUUGCAACAGCAGCAACAACAGCAGCAGCAACAGUUGCAGCAGCAGCAACAACAGCAACACCAGCAGCAGUUGCAGCAGCACCAGCUGCACCAGCAGCAGUUGCAGCAACAACAGUUGCAGCAGCAAAAGUUGCAGCAGCAGCAGUUGCAACAGCAGCAGUUGCAACAGCAACAUUUGCAGCAGCAAAAGUUGCAGCAGCAGCAGUUGCAACAGCAGCAGUUGCAGCAGCAACCGUUGCAGCAGCAGCAGUUGCAGCAGCAGCAGCAGAGGGAAAAGCACCUGCUGCUGUUGCAGGGACAACGAAGGGUUGUAUCUUCGUAUGCCCUCGUGCUGCCGCCUAACGCAGGGACUACGGAGACAAGGCAGCAGCAGCCCACAGUUGCUGCUGCUGCUCCAGGCAAGCCAGCAGCAGCAGCAACGGCAGCAGCUGCAGCAGCUGCUGCCGUUGCUGCGUCGCCAGAAAAGCCAACGGUUGCAUCACCGCCACAGCUGCAGCUGCCCUGUCAUCAUGCAUGUGGCCCUAGCGAAAGCAGGGAUACUGCUGCAGCGCAACAGCAGCAGCAGCAGCAGCAACAGCAACUGCUGCAGCCUACUAGGAAAACACCAUUGGAGUUUGUUUCGUCGCUGCUGAGUAGCUUUAGCCUUGCAGGCAAAUUAGAGACAGGACAGCAGCAGCAAGGGAACGCAGCAGCAGCAGCAGAGCAACAGAUAUACGUUGCUGGCGGGAUGCACACUGGGGGAGCUUCAGCUACAACAGGUGCAGCAGCAGCAGCUGCUGCUGCACCUGCGGUUGCUACCAGCCCUUCGUGGCGGCAUUCCCCCUUAUCUAUAGCAGCAAAAGAAGCAACAGCAGCAGCAAGAGCAGCAGCAUCAAAGGCAGCAGCUGCUGCUGCAGCAACAAAGGCAGCAGCAGCAGCUGCUGCUGCAGCUGCUGCUGGAGGCAUGCGGCGUAAUGUUCUUACUGGCAUCCUUACACCAGCCGCUGCUGCACCACCAGACACACAGGGGAGACAGUUACCAUCGCUGCUGCAGCAACUGCAGCAGCAGCAGCAGCAGGGAGAGCUUUUACCGCCUCAUGCAAAAGAGGGAGUUUUUGCAACAGCAGCAGAUAAAGCGGCAGCAGCAGGGAAACCUGCAGCAGCAGCUGCUGCUGUUCCGGCUGGUUCAGCGCCCUCAGGGGUGCAGCAGCAACAACAGCUGCACCACCAGCAGCAACAGCUGCAACAGCAGCACCUGCAGCAUCAACAGCAGCAAUUGCAGCAAAAGUUGCAGCAGCAACAGUUGCACCACCAGCAGCAGCACUUGCAGCAACAGCUGCAACAUCAACAGGAGCAGCUGCAGCAACAGUUGCAGCAGCAACAUCAGCAGCUGCAGCAGCUCCAGCAGCAGCAACAACAACAACAGCAUCAGCUGCAGCAGCAGCAACAGCACCUAAGGGAGCAACAAGGACAGCAGCUGCAGCAGAAAUUGCAGCAGCAGCAGCAGCAACAGUUGCCGCACCAACAGCAGCAGCGGCAGGAGCAGCAAGACCAGCUGCAGCAGAAGCUGCAACAGCAGCAAAUUCAGCAGGUGCUGCUGCAGCGCAGCGCGGCUUUGUCCAAGCUGCAGGCCUUUUUUUAA